AUGCUUGCAUUACAGGUUGUUGACUAUGUCAUUGUUGCAUUAAGUUCAUCUAUCCUUAAGUUAAUCAAUCAGGAUUGGGGACGUCAUGAUUCAAGAUAUUUUGUAUGGGUUAUUGUUGCAAUUGAGAAUCCUCAGGAUAUUAUUGUUCAAUCUUCUAGACCUUAUGGACAGAGAGCUGUUCUCAAAUUUGCUCAGUAUACUGGUGCUCAUGCUAUCGCUGGAAGACACAUUCCUGGAAUUUUUACUAAUCAGCUUCAAACUUCAUUCAGCGAGCCGCGUCUUCUCAUCCUCACUGACCCAAGAACUGAUCACCAGCCAAUUAAAGAAGCAACUCUUGGGAAUAUUCCCACAAUUGCUUUCUGUGACACUGAUUCUCCUAUGCGAUAUGUUGACAUUGGAAUUCCUGCCAACAACAAAGAGAUAGGAAUCUCGAAUCUUCAAUCUACUAAGGUAUUGAUCCGACUUCUAUGGCAGAACAAAGCUCAUUCUCAUGAGGAAACUCCUAGCCCGUCCACAGUUCAGCCCUGCAUAGAAAGAUUAAAAGGCAAAAAUCAAUAA